AUGCCACCAAGCAGUUGGUGUGAGGGGCCGGAGUUUCACUCCCCAGCGCAGGCUCUGCCUUGCCAGACGCUCACCAUGGAACUCCUAGAGACCAACCCAUACUUUUUCACAGACCAACGUUUUUAUGAUGGGGAAAACUACUUGAGCCCUCGCUUACAUGGCUAUGAGCAGACGGCCUACCAAGAUCGAGCAGCCAUGACCCUAUGCCCGGAGGGAAGGCCUGGCAUAGAGGAGAAGGCGUCCGCCCUGCCUGACCACAGUCCUGGACAGUGCCUGCCUUGGGCAUGCAAAGUAUGCAAGAGGAAAAGUGUCUCCAUUGACAGACGCCGUGCAGCUACCCUGAGGGAAAAGCGACGGCUGAAGAAAGUCAAUGAAGCUUUCGAAGCUCUGAAACGAAGCACCUUACUGAACCCAAACCAACGGCUCCCCAAGGUGGAAAUCCUGCGCAGCGCCAUCCAAUAUAUUGAACGCUUACAAGCUCUGCUCAGUACUCUUAACCAACAAGAGCGGGACCAGCGGGAACUGCGUUAUUGUAACACCAGUACCCAGCCAGUGGUGGCUAGUGACCAUGGACAGAGCAGCACCUCAUGCAGUCCAGAGUGGAGCACCCAGUUGGAAUUCAGCACUCAUUCUGGAGAUCAUCUGCUGAGUGAUGAUUCUUCUGAAGACCGCAACCUUCACUCACUGUCUUCCAUCGUGGACAGUAUUGCCGUUGAGGAUGUGUCUGCUGUGUUCCAAGAAGAGAGAGCUCAGAACUGAGGGUGCAGAAAAUGAUGUACAUCUCUCCAACAGCUUGUAGGUUGAAGACACAUAUUAGGACUUUACACUUUGGAGAACCUGCUACCCUCACUAAUACCGGAUGAUAUUCCAAAAGGGUAAUGUUCUCCUUCCCAGUUAACAUUGGAUGAUGUUUUAUUUCCCAAGCCAGUCAUAGACUUUAAUCAGUGAAGCCACCUACCUAAUUCCGUAUGUCUGAAAACUGGUUCUACUCCUCCUCACAUCUUUCUAA